AUGCGGUCUCUAUCAGAUGAAGUUCAGCUACCCCACACGCUUUCACCCCUUCUGCGCAAGCGUGUGGAGCCAGUGGAGGGUGGCGAGGAGGCUGUAGAUGUGGGGGAGCUCACGGGCGAGGCCGCUGAGGUGGCCGGGCGAGCUGAGAAGAUCAAGGAUGUCUGUGAAAAGGCUCUUAGGGAGGCUGCCAAGGCUGAGAAGCUGGAGGGAGAGCUCCAAAGGCUGGCGGAGGAGUCGGCGAAGGUAUUCGCGGAGAUGGAGGAGGCCGAAAUGGGCAUCUCCAGUGUCGAUGAUGUCCCUAUGGACGUGUCGCUUGACGAAGCGCCCAACGAUGACGCCGAAAUUUCCGCUGUUCUGUCGGACUCGAGCGACCUGCGAGUAGUCUAUUGUCGAGCUCGUGAGCAGCUCGUCGUGGAAGGGCCGGAGGAGGAGAAGGCACUCGUGGCUCAUCUAUUCGAAGGCCUCCCCAGGCGUUUCAACUGGUGGUCGAAGCCGCUAUGUGAGGGUCCGAACUUGCAUGAACUGGUUGAUGCCGCGAGAGGCAUCAUCAAGCAGGCCCAGAGCAGGGCAACUGCUGCUGCUGGGGAGGAAGCCAAUUAA